CGCGUCAGUCGCACUUAUACGCUACCGGUCGUCGGUUGCGCGUGCGUUUACUCGUGUUUUCCACGUCCUCUCGCGGUCCCUCAUCGUCAUCGUCAUCUGCGGACAAGUGAUUGAGUGAGUGAGUGAGUGGUGUGUGUGUGUGUGUGUGUGUGUGUCUGUGUGUGUGUGUGUAUGUGUGUGUGCUGUGGCAAGAUCGGAUUUCAUAGUCUAGUGUAUUUAUGAGACUCUUGAUCAUCAAUCCGUUUUUUUUUUCAAAUACCGCGGUUUUCCAGCUCGCUCAAUAGAUCGCUGACAUGCCGUCGCCCAGCAUCGAACACCUGUGCAACGGCGCGUCCACGUUUCUAUCUCCGACGUCUGAUCGUGGUCUGUUGACGUCUUUGAAUCACAGUUUGAGUUUCGUAAAACUCAACCGCCGGUCUGUAUCGCCAACGUCGCUUAAGCCGUUAAAUUGCAGCCGUCGAUAUGCAGAGAUCGGAAAGAAAAGAUUGUUUUUUAGAGGCGAUGCGUUUCUCGAAUCGUACAUCGAUGGACUGGCAAGAUCUCAGGGUCCCGAGGUCGGUGGCGCUGAGGACGAAGAUCAAGACGGAAAUUUGAUCAGAACAGAAGAAAAACAAUUCCAGGACAGCGAAGAUUUCCCUGAUAGCCGAGAUUUCAAGUUCAAUCAUUUGUCCCAAGACGAAGAUGACUACGAAACUAGUAGUGGAUCCGUGAGGUCUGGUUCAGGAGACGCGGCUAGUUGUGAUAUUGGAUUACUCGAACGUCUCAUACGUAGUCACCCGAUAUGGUUUCUACCCGGAAUUCAACGAGCUGGUGCAUUUCACUUAUUACAAGGGAAGGACGACGGGAAUUUUGUUGUAAGGCAGUCCAGUCAGACGGGCACUAUGGCCAUAUCCGUUCGCUUACCAAGUGGCAAAGGUCCGUAUAUUGAACAUUAUCUCAUUCAAGCCACUUCCGACAACAGGUUAGCUCUGGAAAGUUCGGACAAUAAAUUUGAUAGUAUCCCAAUGUUAAUUGCUCAUUAUGCACAGUGCUGCGAUGAACUACCUGUGCAGCUUAUGUUACCCAAAGCUAUACAAGAAGCGAAAAAUCGUCAACAACUCUCAUCCUUAGCGUUACUUGGUCAAGAAUUCUGGAGGUAUCCUAUGGCCAGUUCAAGGUCUUCUCCAACAUUGGACAUAUCACCAAACGACGAGCCCACAAAGAGGACAUUGAAUACUUCUAUUCCAAGUAGUGCCGCCAACAGUCAAUCGAGUAGCCUCAGUAGUUUUAGCAGUGGCAACAAUAAUCAAGAAUCUGCUUUUACAGACAAUCAUUUAUCUAUAGAAGAAUUAUCAACUAGUCCAGUGGAAAAUACACAACAAACCAAUGGAUUUUUAACAACUUUCAAGAGUACUUCAAAAGAAGGUACACCGACUUCUUCAGAUAACUUGUCUCCACCAGUGAGCCUUGUGAGUGGUCGGACAAGACCCACACCUCCAAAUACAUUAAACCUUAAAUCUUCCAACAGCCCGUUAACUACAGAUGUUGUAAGCUCUUCUCAUACAGCCAAAACACCUCCACCACCUCCUCCUCGUUGGGCCAAACCUGUAUCAGGCCAACAAAACUUCACUGUGACAACAACUGUUACGUUUAGUUUGCACAAAGAAACAUCCCCUUCACCACUUAUUCAAGUAUCUUGUGGACAAAUGUCUAAAUCAACAGAUGAUAGUGAAAUUAUGCCAGCCAUCAAAAGUCCACCAGGAUCGGAAAUCAUGUCUCCAAUCUCAGACACAGGUGGUGUGAUACGUUCAGGUCGUCGCACUAAAAGAAAUAGAAUUAAACAGUCAAGACAUUAUAGAGAAAGCGAUAUACUUGAAACUCCCAAUAUUUAUCAUAGAAGUAAUUUUGCUGACAAAGUCAGUGAUUAUGAAGACGUAUGGGGCCCUGACUCAUCUUUAUCUACAUUUAAAACACCUUCAUCUUCUCAAAGCAAUAGCGGCACUUAUAUGAAAAAUGCUCCAGAAUUACCCCCAGAGAUGCCACCUGAUAUACUAGAACAAACUACUAGUGUUCAAACUGUUACUAAAAACACAUUAGGACUUGUUUUACCUCAAAACCAAAACAACGAUCUCCCUUCAAUAACUGACAGUACAACCAGUCUGUUAUCACCUGUCUCACCUGAGGCAAAAUCUCCAGUUUCUGAAGAAGAUAUUUCUGAAGCUAAGCAAGGCAGUCCUUUUUACGCUGAACCAGCUGAUGCCAUAAAACAAGCUGCUUUUCUGAGACGCAAACCAAAAUCUUCAGCAAAUAAUUUCCGUAACCGCCAUUCAGAGCCAAGUUUUCUUCAUCAAUGGCCUGCGCUAGUUGGAUGUAGCCAAUUACCCCGAAUCGAUUCUAAAGAAGAAUUGUUAUCACCUAAUGGUAAUUACUCUACCAACCAAGCAUUUUCUUCUUCUGUGGACAAUAUACCAUUAUUAAGAGGUUCGAGAAGGGAACUCUUAAAAACUGGUAAACCAGUAGAAACCCCUCGUAUUGGCCCUCCAAAGCGUGGACUGGAGGGUUCAUGGGCAGUAGAUUCUAGUUGGGAAUUUAUUGGCAAUGAAAAUGAAAAUGCUAACUCAUUUGAUAAUAAUGAUCAAGCAAAUAUUGAGCAACCAUCUAAAGAUUGUUUAAAAGAAUCUCCAGGACGCAAAGGUCCUACAAUACAAGAAAUUAUUUUACAAAGGUUACCGCAUUUGAGCUUAUAUGUCAAAGAACCCUGUUCAACAUCUUGCAAUAAUGAUACUGAACAACCUGAUCAAAAUCCCACUGAUAGUGUGAACAAUAAUAUUUUGAACUUGACUGGUUUCAGUAAUCUAUCUCUUUUGUCUCAGAAUAGUGAUGAAGAUACUAGAACUGAGUUUUCAGAACCAUGGGAUAGUUCAAGGUGGGAACAUUUGUUACCGGUUUCUAAUAAGGAUCAAAAUCAAGAUCAUUUAAAAUCAGUGAAUCGAAACAAAAGUUUUUCCGAACGAUUGGAUCCGCUUUUAGCAGCCCCACGGAUCCAAGCAUUGGCACGCAGCCGCUUGAUGGCCCAGACUGGCACAGGUUCUUCAACGCGAGAGUAUGCGCUGCAGCUUGCCGCGGACAAGUCCACUGUAUUUGCCAGGUCCAUCGACAACUUCGUGUGCUGCACAGUUGAGUCCAAGGAGACCAACCCGUCGGUGGUGAUGCGAAACGUGCGACAGUUCAUGUCGGGGAUGAAAAACUAUUUGCUCAAACACGGAGAGAAGGAGUUCCAGAAAGUCGUAGAGAGGGAACGGAGCCAGUUGAAGCCCACCGAGUUCCUCAACCUCGACGUGAUCCUGGAAGGCGUGAUGAACCGGCUGGUACUUAAGGAACUCCGGGAGCACAUCUACAGCCUUCUGGUCGACGAGUACGUUAACAACGGCUCCGUACCGUCCAUGGUGGAGAACAUACACUACGCCAAGUCGAAGAGCAUCCAAGACUUCGCGGUCCGAGUACGUGAAAAUUUGGUACCACCAAAUGAUAACGAUUUGAAGAAAAUAUCAGAAUGCUUCAAACGUCUUCAAGAUGCAUUCUUGCCAUUGGAAAAAUUAGAACAUCUACUGUCUGCUAUUGCUCUAAUUUUUAACGCUGUUAAAAUGCAAAAUCGAAGCGCAGACGCAUGUCUAGGUGCUGAUGACUUCUUGCCUUUGUUGGUAUGGGUGCUCGUUCAAUGCAAUGUCCUUACAGCUGAACUGGAGGCUGAAUACAUGUGGGGCUUGUUGCAUCCAUCACUGAUACCUGGUGAGGGAGGAUAUUACCUGACCGCUCUAUGCGGUGCCGUACACGUGUUGAAAAGCUACAAAUCCUCUAUGGAAGCCAGUUCGGCUAAUGGUGUGAAAACUCUAGGUUCCGACAACACAUUGAGUUAUGACCCACUAAAUGAACUCAAAUCAGUACUUAAAGUGGUUGUACCUGAUGAAACAAACGGCUCGUUAUUGACCAAGACAUUACCUGUCAGACCACACAUGACCACACGUGAUGUAUGUAAAAUCAUUGCACACAAAUUGCGCAUAACCAAUCCACAAGAUUAUUCACUGUUUAAAUUAAUUGACGGCCAAGAAUUCCUGUUGUCUGAAACCGACUGUCCACAAGAUAUUAAGAGUUCUACAACAGCUUGUGGCAGUCAUUGUCUGUUUGCAUACAAAAGGAUUGAUGCAAAAAUAGCUUGGCCCCAUUCGCCUUCACCCUAAGCCAUAUAACUUAAAAUAUUAAAAAAAAUUUAUUUAUUUUUGUGUUUGUUUUCUUUAUAUAUAUUUUGGGAUUAUUUUA